GGUGCUGCAAGAUUGUUUGCAGAUUCACCUUCUUCAGUUUUUAGCGAUCUUAAAUUUGUAAUGAUUAAUGUAUUUUCAAUUUGAAUGAAUGAAUAUAUUUUUAGUAAAAAAAAACUAGAUUGAGGAGAGCUCGGAGUAUAUACUAACCCAGUCAUGAAUCCCAUAUAAUUUGUCUUUGUUCUAUAAAAAAAAACUCAAAGGUAAGUCAAAAUUAGUUUUAAUAAAAUACAAUAAUUAACAAUAAUUAAUUUAUAUAUACAAAAAAACAAUAAUUAACGUAAAUCAGUGUUUGAAAUGAAAACAAAAGGAUAAUCGAAAUUGUCUGUCACAUUCAAACCUCGCCGCCACCCCCCGCCGCAACUCCACCGGAGCUUCAACUCAUCCUCCGCCACAACCCCACCGGAGCCUUCAUCUUCACCACUACUAUGGUAUGUUGUUUCGCUUCUCCAAUUUCCCUUCACUCAUUCUCUUCAAAAAACCAUUCUCCAUAACAAAAACCAAAACCAUUCACUUCACCAAAUUCACCUUUUCAUCCUCUGCUCUUGCAAUCUCAAAUUUCUCAGAUACCCAUUUCACAAAACCCUCAAAAAUCUCAUCUUUUCACCCAAACACCUUCCAAGUCCUCCAAAAACUCUACCUUUAUCAAAACCACCCUUCUCUUGCACUCUCUUACUUCACUCAACUCAACCACCAUAGUUCCUCUCACAAUAUUCAAACCUAUUCUUCCAUCAUUAGUAUAAUGUGUUAUUGGAAUUGCAUUAGAAAGUUGGAUUCUUUGUUCAUUGACAUCAUUGCUCAUUCCAAACAAGACCCUUCAUUCAAAAUCAAUGACUUGUUUGAUUCUUUGUUUGAAGAUGUUGUUGAUGUUGAGAAUAAAAAUCAGUACUUGCUUAGAGCUUUUGAUGGGUUUGUUAAAGCUUGUGUUAGUGUUAGCAUGUUUGAUGAAGCUAUUGAUUUCUUGUUACAAACUAGGAAGAAGAAUGUUGUGAUUUUACCAAAUGUACUUUCUUUUAAUUUUCUUGUUAACCGGUUGGUUGUACACGAUAGAGUUGAUACGGCGUUGUUUUUGUUCGAUGAAUUCAAGAGUUUUGGUUUGAUAUUCAACUGUUAUACAUAUGCUAUUAUGAUCAAAGCGCGAUGUAAGAAGGGUGAUUUGGAAAACGCGUUUGGUGUGUUUGAUGAAAUGAAGGAAGUUGGGGUGAAUCCGGAUUCGUAUUGUUAUGCAGCUUUGAUUGAGGGAUUGUGCAACAAUCAGAGGACUGAUUUGGGAUACGAGAUGCUCCGACAGUGUAGAACGAUGAAUACCGUUGUAGAUGUUUAUGCAUAUACUGCGAUUAUUCGCGGGUUUUGUAAUGAAAUGAAAUUAGAUUUAGCCGAGAGUGUGUUUUUGGAGAUGGAAAAGGAAGGGCUUGUUCCUGAUGUGUAUAUAUAUUCUGCAAUGAUCCAUGGUUAUUGUAAGAGCCGUAAUUUGGAUAGAGCUUUAGCCAUACAUGAUAUCAUGAUUUCAAAAGGUAUAGAAACGAAUUGUGUUAUUAUUAGUUGCAUCCUCCAUUGCUUGGAUGAGAUGGGAGAGGCGUCGGAAGUGGUAGCUAGAUUUGAAAAACUCAAGCAAUCGGGUGUGUUUCUUGACGGGGUGGCUUACAAUAUUGUAUUUGAUGCUUUGUGUAAAUUGGGUAAGGUGGACGAUGCAAUAAAUAUGCGGGAGGAUAUUGUCGAUUUAGAUAUCAAACACUACACAACACUUAUCAAUGGAUAUUGUCUUCAGGGUAAACCCGUCGAAGCUUUAAGUUUAUUUAAAGAAAUGGAGGAAAAGGAUUUGAAAACCGACGUCGUUACUUAUAAUGUACUAGUUUCUGGGUUGUUUAAAAACAACCGUGCUUGCGAGGCGAUCGAUCUUUUGGAAUAUAUGGAUAGUAAAAGUGUGGAGCCGAACUCUAUUACGCACAAGGCGAUCAUUGAAGGUUUGUGUUCAGUUGGCAAGAUUGAAGAAGCCGAGGCAUAUUUUAACGGUUUAAAAGAUAAAAGUGUUGAAAUCUAUUCCGCUAUGGUUAAUGGAUAUUGUGAAGUUGACCUUAUUGAGAAAUCAUAUGAACUUAACAAAGCUGUUAUGUUGCUAGACACAAUGUUGAAGAUGAACGCAAAGCCUAGCAAACAAACGCAUUCUAAAAUAUUUACUGCAUUGUGCUGCACGGAGAAUAUGAAAUGUGCUCGCGCUUUGUUUAAUUCGUUCGUCGAGAGAGGAUUUACACUUGAUGUUGUAAUUUAUACGAUUAUGAUUCAUAGUUAUUGUAAGAUGAAUUGCUUGCAAGAGGCGUACGAGCUCUUUCAGGAUAUGAAGAUAAGAGGGAUCAAACCUGAUGUCAUUGCGUACACAGUUAUACUCGAGGGUUUGUUGAAUGGGGGGCACGCGAAGAUAGCCGUGGAGUUGUAUAACGAAAUGUGUUUCAACGGAAUGACACCUGGCGCAACUUUAAAACGUUGUAUUCAAAAAGCUAUAAGGAUGCAGUUUCAUCGGUAGCUAGUCAUUUUUACAGCUGGUGCUUGGAUUUGUCCCAUGUUUGAAAGUCUAUCUGAUUGAUACUUAAAGAAAAAUUGUUCUUGUUUCUGCAGAUUGGAAAGAGGAGACACGAGUUGAUUAUGACGAUGUCAUUGUGCAUAGGUAUGGAUCUUCUUUAUACUGAAUUAUUAGUGACACGUUAUCAAAUUAUGAUUGUUUAAGGAAUUAUAUAGGUGUUAGGGACUUGGAUAUUAUGGGGUGCCCAAGUCUUGCAAAACUUCGAGUGUCCGCACCUCCCUAAUGCCAAAGUGGCCCUUUUCCUAUCCAAUUUCAAGGCGAAAGGUUAUCCAAGUGUCCACUGUGGUCCCACAACUUGAAGCAGAGUGACAAAGCAAGGCCUGAAACAUAAUAACUAAUGUCUGGAUCAUACACACUGCUUUGGGUGGUAUGUUUAACCCAAAAAAAUAGCAUGACAGCAGUAGGCAUUAACAAUGCUGUUUCGAUCAAAACAUAAUAUAAUCCACCCUUCACCAAGGACCUGUUUAGAUUUGGCGGCUUCGGCGGUGGUAGGCUCUCCAACUCGAGUGAAGCCCAUCUCUCUCCGGUAGUUAUUCUAGAAAGCCUCGUCUUCAAUUCAAACAUCAUACUGAUGUCAUGUCCAUCAAAGUGUAUGCCAAUGCCAAGAAUUUUGCAAAAAUCUACUUUUGUCUCUUGUUUUUCCACAUUGACGUUCACGGAGGAAUUUUCGGCAUCUUCUAUUUUUGCGAUUUCUACCAUUUCCUCAUUUCUCACUUCUAUUAUCUGAACGAGAGCGAAAUUUCCUUGGUUUAUUUCAUGUUGAAGGUUGAAUGUGUGAGGAAGUGACGACUCCAUUUCCAAUUCAAGUUCCUUUGAAAUAGGAUCUGCGUACUAAAUCAAUUUCUAUCUCUAGGUUUGGCAAUGCUGCUGACUUACUAAUGUUAUUUAUCUCGGACUUCAAAUCUACCAAUCAUGGCAGGGGUCUAAAAGAGAUCAUUCUCCAGCAACAUGGCGAAUCAGAAUCGAAUCCCAGGUGGGAAAGGUGUCCGCAUUUCUGUUCGACAGUGCCUUAAACAUAAUAAUAACCUUCCGUGGAGGGACUCUGCAAGAAACAGACAAAAGUCAAAUCUACAAUGCAGGUCUGUUUGAAUUGAAAAAUGUUUCAUGCUGCUAAAUCCAGUCCUUCGAGCAUCGUAUAUUGCCAGCGUAGUCUCAUCGAAUUCAAACGCACUCACCUGUACGCUUCUUGUCAAUGUUGAAAAAAAGACGAGGUUAUGAACGAAAGAAAUCAUUCGAGAUGACAUGAAGAUGUUUCAGUGUGCAGUGCUGGUGUUCGAGUAGAAGAACCGGUUGACAAGACGCGCUCUUCUUCAGCGAAUGAGAAAAAUCAAUCAUCUGGCUUUGCAAUUCAAAGAAUCUAUAGAGAUAAAAAAAGCUAGAAACAACCAAUGAGUCUGUAAUGUCUGAUCAUAGUAGUUGUUCAAAGCAAUGAGAGAAAUACUGAUGCACAUCAUUAGGAUUUAGCUGAACCUUUUAGAAAGGAAUAAAAGAAGCAUUUGGCUUCACUUGAGUUGCAAAGAAUACAAAAUUGAUUGAGUCUGUAAUGUCAUCUUCAUCUUCUUGAUGUUAUUUAUUUAGUAUGUAACAACUUGAUAUUUUUCUUUCUUAAGAAAACAAUCCAAAUCAAACUGACUUUUUGUUUCA